AACUCUACCUAACUCCGCUUACUUGUGCCAAAUAUAAAAAUUAUUUCAGAUAAUUACAACAACUUUCAAAAUGAUAAAAACAUAUUUAGUGCACUAAUUAAAAAAAAAAAUCAUUUCAUUUUGGAUAUAGGUGAUUGAAUUUGUUACACUGGUUUGACAAUUUUGCAAAUAUUCAACCUUGUUGACUAUUCUCAUCAUCCAUAUCCCAUGAAACUUCUUCCUGAAAACUUUGUUUAAUCUCCAUUAUAAAUAAUGGUCAGCCAUCUCCAUUUCUAACAUCAAAACUCAAAAACACCCACUAAGAAGAAAAAAGAAAACUAAUGGAAGGUUUAAUCCCAUUUCUCCUUCACGCUAUGAAGAAACAGAGGCCUCAUCACAACAGUUUCCGGUCCCUUUCCGACACCUCUAACCGGAGCUACCACUUGCUCGUCGGAGCUGAUUCCAUCGACGGCUCAUCUCACCGGAGAACUCGAUCGGAGUUUCAGCCUCCGGUCACCACUGUUGAUUUCUUGGAUCUGCCUCAGCCUAGAAGCUUCAAUAAUAGAGCAACUUCUCUGCUUUCCCCUGUUUCCAACCAGAAUGCUUCCAGAUUGAAAUUUGGUUCAAACAAUUUGCAAGGGACGGUUUCUGUUGAUAAUCUCCGUCAUAGGAAACUUUGAUUGCGUUAAAAAACUGUUACUGAUGAAGAAUUUGUAAAUGUACUAUAUUUGUUUCAUUCUUUUGUAUCGACUAUUAUAAAAUGGUGUUCUUUUAUGUUAUCAAAAUGAUAUUUUAAAGAUUUUUUA